CCUUUCUGUCCCAUUAUGAUUUGUUUACAUUUUUUUUCAUUUGACAUAACAUAUGUCUUAUUAUCUGGCAAUACUUUUCUGUACCCGCCAUCUUGAAUUUAGUAUUGUGCCAGUCGGGGGGGUGGUGACAUAUUUUAUUCAACCCGUCAUCACCAUAAUUUUGUGAAUUUGUUGAAAAAAAGGAAAAUUAGUGCCGUGUCGAGGUGUGGAUAGUUUAUGUCAGGACUGAACGUGAAAAUGGCGGGUCAGACUAUAAACGAUAGGCUUUUAGCCGCUCGCCACAGUAUAGCCGGGCAAGGCUUAGCAAAAUCGGUAUGCAAAGCCACUACGGAAGAAAUGAUCGCACCCAAAAAGAAACAUUUAGAUUAUCUAGUCCACUGCACAAACGAGCCAAAUGUCUCGAUACCGCAGCUUGCCAACUUGCUCGUCGAGCGAACACAGAACACCAAUUGGGUGGUGGUGUAUAAAGCGCUCAUCACAGUACAUCAUUUACUUGCAUAUGGGAAUGAGAGGUUCACACAAUACCUAGCAUCAAGUAAUUCAACAUUUCAACUAAGUAAUUUUCUAGAUAAAAGCGGAGUUCAAGGCUAUGACAUGUCGCCAUUCAUCCGGCGUUAUGCCAAGUACAUGAAUGAGAAGGCUCUGUCGUACCGAACGGUCGCUUUUGACUUCUGCAAAGUCAAAAGGGGGAAAGAGGAAGGCUCUCUCCGUAUGAUGAACGCGGAGAAGCUGCUAAAAACGUUGCCAGUCCUACAGGCACAGCUGGACGCGCUGCUGGAGUUCGACUGCAACGCCAACGACCUCACCAACGGGGUUAUCAACAUGUGUUUCAUGCUGCUCUUCAGAGAUCUCAUCAGAUUGUUUGCAUGCUACAACGAUGGCAUCAUCAACCUACUGGAGAAAUACUUCGACAUGAACAAGAAAAACUGCCGCGACGCUCUCGACCUCUAUAAGAAGUUCCUUAUCAGAAUGGAUAGGGUCGGAGAGUUCCUUAAGGUGGCAGAGAACGUGGGCAUAGACAAGGGUGACAUUCCGGAUCUCACGAAGGCGCCGAGCAGCUUGUUAGACGCGCUCGAGGGACAUUUAAACACACUGGAGGGCAAGAAGGGCUCCGCCGCCAACACUCCUACGCAGACCGCCAGUGCCCAAAAGAACGUGGCCUCCGUUAUGGGAGCGCUAUCAUCCACGUCCUCAUCGUUCGGCAAUGUAGCGGCCUCGUCGCGACUCGACAAGGCAUCUAACGGCGCCGGCCUCUUCAUAGACGACCCGCUGGCCCAGCAAGCGCUAGCUGAAGAAGAAGCCGCAAUGAAUCAAUACAAGAACAAAGUUCAGUCUCCGACGAACGCGGCAAACAACCCGUUCCUCUCGUCCGCACCGCCUGCCAACCAGAACCAGUCCAUCGUGGACCUGUUCGGGCCCACGCCGGCGGACGCCGCCAGUGCCGCCAGCAAAGCCUCGGACGACUUGCUGUCGCUCGGCAAUCCGUUUGCUGACAUGUUUGGAGCGGCCCCACAACCGGCGCCGGUGUGGCCCCAGCAACCGACCAACGGUUUCACGCCGUUCCCGCCGCAGCAGAACAACACUUUCGUCUCUGAGGCUAACUUCUCUAACGUUUUCAAUAACACUGAUACCACAGCUGCCGCGGCAAACCCAUUCAUGGGUAUGGGAGACCCCACCCAACCCAUCUCCGCCUCCCCCGCGCGCCCGCCGCCGCCGGCGCAUCCCCCCCAACCCAAAUCCGCCUUCGACGAUCUCGAAGAAGUCAUGCGAAUGUCCCUGGGGGGCUCCCCCGCCAAGUCCCAACCGAUAACCCAACAGCCGCAGCCCACGGCGGCCGCGCCGCCCUUCGGCGACGCCAUGCCCGUGGGCGCGCCGCAGCCGAUGAUGUUCGGCUCGCCCGCAAGACAGCCGAUGGUGCCGAUGUCAGCUAUGGCAGGUCAACAGCAGCAGCAGCAACCCAAUAAAGUGUUGACGGGUGACUUGGACUCGUCGCUCGCCUCCUUGGCCAACAAUCUUACCAUCAACAAAUCCGCCGCGGCACCGAAGCCGAUGCAGUGGAACUCGCCAAAGAACGGAUCGAAGCCGGGCGCCGCGUGGAGCCCCCAGCCCAUGCAGGCCACCACCGGCGCGGGAUACCGCCCAAUGGGUCCAGGCAUGAAUCUCCCGCCCAUGCCCCAUACUUUGCCCCAUACAUACCACCCCCCGCAUUACGUUAUGCAACAGCCAGGCAUGGUAAUGGGCAUGCCCGGGGCACCGAUGCCGGCGAUGGCCAUGGGGCAACCCAUGCGACCGCAGUUUCCACCGCAGUCAACCAACCAGUUUAGCUAAACUUGCUUAUUGUACUAGCGUUGUUAUAUCGCGUUUUCUAUGUAGUAUCUUAGCGGAACUAUAUAGCUCAAGUGACUAUUCUAAACCUAAAUCUGUUCGAGACCUAAUUAGUCUUAUAUUUUGAAUUAUGUCACUUGCUUUCUUAUGCAGCAGUAAAUUGCAUGAGACGGGGACAGAUGGUAAUAAUGUCGCCAGACAUCACUAAAAAGGAUCUGAUGCCUCCAUCGAAUGUGUCAAAUCUAACAGUGAAUAUACCAGUCAAAUGUAGGAUAUUAAAAGUAGGUCUGUCUAUGCCAGAUUUUUCUUUCUUGUAACCUAGAGACAGUAAUGUUGUGAUUGGUCAUUUUUGCAUAUAAACAUUUCACGAUGCUACAUAGAACUCAAGUAUACAUAUUAUAUUUUGUAACUGUUUCAACCCAUGAAUCCAGGUUAAAGCCAUUGUAAAGUUAUACAUGUAUAAAUAUUUUGUAUCUUAAUACGCAGAUGUUACUGUUCUGUUGCGAGUUACCUAAUUAAUUGGUUAGUUAAUAUCAGCCAUUAAUUAUUAUAAAACAGUAAAUUAUUAUUUGGAUAACAAAAUCAUGCUUUCAUCCAAUUAUUUUCUAUAUAAAAUAAUAAUGCUUAUUAUAAUUCCUUCACUGAUUAUACUUUAUUUCACUUAGAAAAUAGGUAUUUUGUGUGCGCGAUCUGAAUACUAUUUUUCUAGAAAUCAAAUAGGUAUUUUGUUAGUAAAUUAUAUGCUAAACUUUAUUUCGCUUCGUACGACUAUUUAUUAUUAUGUCUUAAUGAUUUUUUCUUAUGAAAACGGUGCAUAUAUCAUUAUAUUUUGUUAUCAAACAUCACAUUCCAUAUUUGUACAAAAGUAUAUUUGACUGCAGGUUGGUUAAAACGUUAUUCCCGAUACCGAUUAUGACAUAUUUAGCAUUUCAACUGGAAUUGAAGUGAACAUCUUAUAUUAACUUUAACAAAACCUAAAUAUAUAAAUAGAACUUGUAAAUGUUAGUGUUGAUGCUUUAUGAAAUAAAAUAGAAUACCGUAGUGGGAUGCAUUGCCGAUGAAUGCCGCAUACACUGAUAGUAAGAAUAUUGUGUCCAUUCAUUUUCUUUUCGUUGUUCCAGAAUUACAUUACAUCAGUAUAUAUAUUCCAUUAACCAACAGCAUAUCAAAACUAUAACUUACACUUCAUUUCAAUAAAUAUUAUUCACAGUGUUUGGGCUUAUUGCGAGAUUUCUUGUUUAAAAGUAUUCUAGUAUGGCAGUCAAGUCUGCGGCUUACGUUUACAAUUUCUUAAAAGUGUUAAAAAGUACUAGCCGACAACUGUAAUGUUAUUUUAGACUGUCAUAAGAUUUAUAUUUAUGUGUGGAAAUGAUAUAAUAUAUUAAAUUAUAUGAUUCCGCAUUCAGUAGUCAUUAGACAUAGCUUAAGCGUAGAAUAUCUGUUUCACGAAAUCCCACUUCUAGUGUUGUUUCGGUACUUAUGUACCCUGGAUUACCCUGUUAUUUCCAUAUCUUUGUAUUAUCUUAUGUAUAAAUUACUAUAAUAAAGGAACCCUUAACAAUAAAAAGAAAAUAUUUAAUUAUUGUCAAUCGAUGUGUAGUAAUAUAACAACACAAGUCGAAACAUCUGAGUGCUACAAAAAGUUAUUUUGGUUGAGCAAUGUUUAAAUAUUUUUGAAAUGGGGGCGUUUGUAUAGGAGUUAUUCGCAUUAGAUCGUUACUGAAAUUAGGUGUUACGGUUGUAUAUUCUAUCGUGUGGCUGUUGUGAAUAUAAGGACUAGGUGCUUAUUUCUGAAACUAUUAAAAGUGCGUAUCGUGCAUCCUCAGUUAUCUUCGCCUCUACACAGUUUUAUAAUCUUAUUUUCUGAUCGCUUACCCAUUCUAUGUGUCGUGCUCUUACGAAAUGCACCCCUUUGUUGAAUGACUAGAGACGUUUCUGACAUAAAUAUUCAACUGGAAGCCACGCUUAUUGCCAACCGACCAAGUGGUACGUAAGUUUAACAAAAGAACGAACGAACAUAUUUUUUUAUGAAGGGGGCUGCUCUUGUUACUUUAACAUUUUGAGAUUUUUCAGUUAAAUGAUAGUGUAAUAUGUAAUCGAAUGUAACUAAGUUACUUAUAUUAUUGAUUUUGAGAUGCAAAAAACGAAAUAAUUAAUGGUAUAUGAUAUCAUUUGCAAUUGUAUAUGAGAUCUGUUGAGUAAUUAUGAGUAUUUUAUGCAGUUUAGCUAGGAACUUGACAGUUAUGAGUUUAUCGAAAAUAUUGGUAAAUAUUGACUUGUUCGCUAUCGUCUACGCUAUUAAUUGUCACAAUCACAACUGUCACAAGUUCCUAGCUCUACUUUUGACUGCUAGUAUUUAUUUGUGCAAUAUUUUUUUUGUUAUUUAUUAACUACAGGCAUUUCGCAACUGGUUAAAUACAUUUUGUCACAUUUUAGUGUGAAUUCCAUAGUUUUACUUUACAAAAAAAUAAAACACUUCUCCCCAUUGUUCAUACAUGGAUUCUAAGUUGCAAAUCAACUUAGGAAAAAAGGAAGCCUAAACUCAAAUAAGUAUCUUAUAAAUUGAAUUCGAUAACCUGGCAGAAUUACUACCUACUGUUCGGGUGAAGUGUUCUUUUGAAAAUAAAAUGAGUAUUAUUGCAGUAGCAUCAACACCACUUCCGUACAUGCCUAAAUUGUUUUAAAUAUCUUGCUUAUUAAAGCCAUACUAUACGGUAGUUACAGUAUUAGAUGUAAGUUUCCCAUCAUACCCAUGCUUAUUGCAGAGUGGAGUAUAAAAAAAUCAUGUCGUUAUAUUUUUUUGAAAGAAAUGAACUAUGAAAUACUGUUAUUCCACAUAGUCCCUGGCAUUUUCAAUUCGUUCUGUGAUGUGUGCUUCGACUGAUUUAUUUGGAAACACUAGAAUAAGCGAGGCGGGAGCCAAUGCAAUGUAGUAGCUGCUUGGCGAGUGUAGAGUCGCCGAGCGAUGACGGUUUCUGAUUGAACUAGAGUCUUCUACAGUUAGAUCUGUAGAAUACGGUAACCAGCAACAAUAAUGAUGACAGCAGUCAGAACAGCGUCACUUAGCCCUCGAUGUAUCGGUCACAAUAUGUUGAACCGUCAGUUUGUUGAGGCAGGCUGCAUAAAAAAUAUUGACAUAAUUGUUGUUGCGUGUGUCACUGCCCAAUAUGAUUUAUAACCACUACCUAGUAUAACCCUUAAAAAUUUUAAGUUGUACAUUUUAUUAUUUUUAUCAAUAUAAUGUUUUGUUUUUUAUUUUAUGUAAAUACCCUCUUAUUAUUACUUACUAGUAGACUUAUGUCAUGCCUUUAGAUAUUCAAUUUUAGAUUAUUUAUGAAAUGAAUAAAUCAUACAGAUUA